GUGGAGUAUUAUAGAGGUGUGCUUCGACAAGCCAUCAUAUUGUCAUAAAGCUCGGUUAUGGAGACGGGUUAUUUAGCUGAGCACAAGAACAGUGGAGUAGAAUUUUAAUAGAUUGAUUUUUGGAAAUUCACCAUGGAGGAUAAUGGUAUACUGAGUGGAUAUCAGAUUGACAUUCUCUCCACUGAGUACUUAGUGUUACUUACUCCCAGUGUGAUUGGGAGUUUUUCUGUCCUGGUGGUUUCCAUGGUGAGAUGGAGGCACUUAAAAGAGCAGGUGCACCUCCUGGUUCAGCUCUCUCUGGCAGACCUCCUGGCUUCUCUGAUCCUCAUGUCCACUAGUGUCAUGAGCAAAGUUAGCAUUGACAACAGUGUAACCAUCUGCCAAUACAGCCUGCCGCUGUCUCUGACAUUUUACUUCAUUUCAUUUCUGCUGGUGGUGGUUUACGCAUGGAAGUCAAAGAUCCCAAUCCAAGGGUGGAGAGCAAGACCUACAGAGGACGAGGGGGUCCAAAUUCAAUGUAGAAGGAAAAUAGUUACUAUACCUGUAUAUGGCAUUGUUUGGUUGAUCCCCAUUGUAAUGUACUUAGCAUAUGUGCUAACUCCCCUCAUAAAAUCUACCUCACUGUUUCCAGUCAGUGACAGUUCAUCGAUCGUCCGUAAUGAUACAAAAUACUGCACCAGUUGUAUCUUGUUCUUGCAUGUCUGGAGGGAUUCCUGCUCUGAUGAUGAAAGAAUUCAUGACACUUUCAUCAGAGUUUUUCUUUUCCUCGUUGUGAUACCAGUGAUGUUGUCUUGCUCUGUCAUUUACUAUAAGGUUGGAAAAUGGUAUGAAAGGAAUGAGCAGGAAGGGCUAUUUCCUGUGGAGGGAGAUGGACGUUCAAGAAGGAGAAUCAAAGGAGUGUUUUCCACAGCAAGAAAUAUGGUGAUAGUCAUCUUACUCAGCUGGGCACCAGCUCUUUUCCUCAUUCUGCUGUCUACCCUGAUGAUCUGGACAAACAUUGAACAACGCAGCCUAUUUGGCCUUUAUAUUAUACAGGCUGCAAGUGUGUCUUUGCAGGGCUUCCUGAACAGUAUGGUUUAUGCUUGGAGACGACCCAACUUCACAGAGGCUGUUUUUGGGGAGAAUACACCCCUUGUGGCACAGCAACGCCUGGCCUUCUUUGAUGAAUCACUGAGAGGCUCAUUUUGAUUGCAGACCAUGAUUUCUGACAGUCGUUGUGCUGCAGAAACAACCUACUGUCUUGAGGCAGCGUGACCCCAUGCCUGCACACUUCAUGAAUUUGUAUGAAUAUAGACUGAAACAUAUGAUCUCAUUUCUGAGCCAAGGAUGAAAGGAAAUGAAAGAGAUGAAGGACAAACAAAAACUCCUAAUAAAAACAAAAACAGAUUCAGUUUAUCCCUGCAGCUGCUGAUUUUCCUGCAUAUUGAAGCACAUUUUUUGUAUGAAUGGGAACAAAGGGAUUUCUGGAGGGAUUGUAAGAUCGUAUUUAUACACGUGCUAUUAAUGCACAGGUUUAAAAAUGCUGUUAAGAAUUAUGAUAUGAUUGUGUAAUGUGAUUUUCCUUUUGAGAAAUUUCUUUACAGGUGUUAUAUUGUUUGAUAAAAGUAUUUUAAUGGUUGACCUGGUGUGCAACCGUCACUCUGUGGUUCAAGAAAAUAAUUUUGAAAAACCUGUUUCGAGUUACACCAUUCGGAUUCACCAAUGCGCCAUUUCAGAAGGACGUGUCAGAGUAGCAUUUAUGAGUUGGAACCCUGACAAAUGCUGACAAAGAAGGGACGAAACAUCUGCUUUGUCAUGCCUGUGUGCAACCAUAAACACAUCUCAUAUAGAUUAGUGCUUUGUUGUGUAACUGAAGUCCCACAUAAGAUGAUACAUGACAUACAGGAUCAUACAUCACACAUUCAUACAAGAUGAGUAGAGUUUUCUGUUAUUAUAUCCUAAACAUCAUGGACAUGUGGACAUGAACCCUGUUAAUGGUUGACAAACCGCAGGUCAACCUUUUGGUGUUUGAUCACCUGACUCACUCAUUUAUCUACUGUACUAUUAAGUCAACUUGAACUUUCUUUGCUGAAGGUCACGCAGCUGCCUGCUUGACACAACACAUAACAUAAAGGAUGUAUUUAACAAAGUUGUGUAAGAUUAUACGUGUUUUUCAGUUGUAUUAAAACAAAUAAC